UUUUAACUUAAAUCAGGUUCACCAGAUAGUCAACCACUGGGCUCGAAACGUGAAUAAAAUACAAAAAAAUGAAGCAUACCUGUAACUUUAAAGUACUUUGCUGCUGGCCAUGUCUGCCUUAUGUUGUGGUCGUCGCCUGACGAACAAGCAUUCGGAAGAGGUGAAUAUUGGAUAGAAACUGCGUUGGAGUCGGAGUUAGAUAUUUUUGUGUGUUACAUGUGGUAGUAUUUCUUUGUUUAGUAGUCGGAAAUGUUCGUAAUUUCGACGGUUCUCACGCUGAGCACUCGGGUAGCAAUCAAGUAUUAAUUAAAAGUAAGAAAAAAUAAGUUUGGAUAUUUCCCUUUUUUACAUGGAGUAAGUGAUGUGAAUAGGUACCCAAAAGUUUUCUUACGAAGUGGUAGCAGCUGUGCCUCACUAUAUCAAAGGUGCGCGAAGAAAAGAGAAAGGAACAAAAAUGUCGACCAGCGAGAUUGAAGAUUUUGUCAAUGGAGCGUUAAUUUCAUGGAUUGAAUCAUGUCUGCCAAGAAAUGAAAUUAUCGCGGGGUACGUGUCGCUUCUUGAUGGGACAAUUCUCCAUAGCGUUUAUUUACAAAUUGAUCCCGAGCCACAGUUUCAUCCAGUAAAGUUGAAAAAUUUAGAAGGUUUAUCGCUGGCCCAAGCCCGAUCGAGAAACUUUGACGCGAUUGUCAAAAAUCUGAGAAACUUGUACGAUGAAGAGUUGGGACAAACAAUACUAUCACUUCCGGACUGCUCGAUAUUGGGCCAAUCGCCCGAGUCUAGAGCAGGAUUAGACCAAAUGAAACUGCUUAUAACAUUGCUUCUUGGUGCGGCAGUGCAGUGCCCGAAUAAGGAAAUCUUCAUAGCUCGAAUCAAAGAACUUGACGUGAAUACUCAAAUUGCGAUUGUGGAAGUUAUCAAGCAGGUUACAGAUAGCCAAACUCUCGUCCUUACACAAGAAGCGAUUGAGCAGCUUUCGACGGAAACAAUGUGCAAACAUAUUGUAAGACUUGCAAAGGAGCGUGACCAGUACCAUAACAAAUGGAUGGCUUCAAUGGUGGCUGAUGUGGACACAUUGAAUAGUUCUAGUUCGAAAAUAAGUUUACACAACUUGCCUUCAACCGCAACUAGUUCCGCAAACACUCCAUCCACAUCCUCUGAAAACAAUCAUAUGGCCGUAGAACUUGCAGAUUAUAAAUCAAAACUGCGAAAAUUGCGCCAAGAAUUGGAAGAGAAGUCGGAAAUGUUGAUGGAAGUUAAGGAAGAACUUGACCACAAAUGCACUCAAUAUGAAAAGCUUCGAGGAGAAAGCCAAGAUUGGUACGCGGAGGCUCGAAAAUCAGCAGCCUAUAGGGAUGAAGUGGAUGUGCUACGCGAACGGGGUGAACGUGCCGAUCGUCUGGAGAUAGAAGUGCAAAAGUUGAGGGAAAAACUUUCCGAUGCUGAAUUCUACCGGACUAGGGUAGAAGAGCUACGGGAAGAUACCAGGAUGCUAAUGGAAACUAAAGAAAUGCUUGAGGAGCAGUUACUGCGAUCACGUAAACGAAGUGAUCAGGUUAUGGUCCUGGAAGCAGAUAUACUAAAAUUUAAGCAAAUGAUUAACGACAUGUCUCUUGAGAGAGAUGUCGAUAAAAGCAAAUUGCAAGAGCUCCUCGAAGAAAAUGUUCAACUACAAUUGGCUACUAAAAACUUAAUGGCUGGACCGGACUCUACAGUUAAUCAGAAUCAAUCCGACACGGAAGAAGAUAUUCCUUCCAAUGACAACAGUUUAUCGGAACAGCUCACGACAAACGCACAGUCCCGCGCGCUUAAAUUGGAGCUGGAAAAUCGUCGUCUUCUCGCAGCUUUAGACAGCCUGAAGGAGUCAUCUUUUCACGAGUCAUCGAACAAAAUUUUGGAGCUGGAAAAGGAUAAAAAGAAGCUCUCACUUCGGUUAGAGCAGCUGCAGGAAAACUGCAAUCGUCUGGUGCUACAAAAUGGAGAGCUUGAAAAUGUUUUCAAAAAUGCGCUUGAAGAGAACAAAAAGUUGCAAGAUGGUUUGGAUGUAAAACAGCAAAUCAUCGAUAAGCAAAGUCACGAUCGAGAACUCGACAGGAUAAAACAAAUUGACGUGGAAAAACAGAUCGAAACGCUGACUAAGGAAAAGCAACGUGUACAAAAUUUAUGCGAAAGUAUCCAACGGAGGACGGUAGACUUGGAACGUUCCAUUGAGAGCAAAACAAAGGAAGUUCAACAACUGAACGAACGAUGUUCAGAGUUGGAAACCGUUAAAAAAGAGUUGUACGAAAUGGAAGCAAGGGUCAAUUCUCUAGAAAAGGAAAACUCUGGUCAAAGCAAAGAUCUGAACAAGUAUAAGGAAGAUUUGGAAAGCAAAAAUGUGGAACUGGACAGUGCAGUUGUGCAAUUGCAACAAAAAGAAAAGGAAGUUUCACAACUCCUAAAGCAGGUCGAAAGCAGUGCAGCGAUGGAGAGAAAAAUACAAGACUACGAAAAGGAGAACCAAGAUUUGCUUUCUCAACAAAAAAUACAAAAUGAAACCAUUUCUACACUGAAGAAAGAUCUGUACGAUGGCACUUUGGCUACGAAGAAAUUCAAGCAAAAUUUGGAACGCCUGGGGUUGAACGAGAAUGACAUAGAAAAAACCGACAUGAACGUGGAAGUUUUCGUAGAGAAGCUAUGCAAAAACCCAGAGUCGUUUAAAACCGUUCGUGAGAUUGUGUUGAACACUGGUAAAGACAUGACCAAAUCAGCGAAUAUUUGCGUUCUUUGUCACAAGAAAGAAAUUUACACCGUUGAAAAGAACAUUGAAUUUACAAACUUUGAAGAAUCCGCGGUUAAAAAUGAACUUGAGACGAAAUAUGAUCAGCUCAAGGUAGAAAACUGCUCUCUGCAAGCAACUAACGAAUCACUUCAGGGUGAGAAUGCAAGACAGAAGGUAGAGAUUGCCACUCUUGGAUCGCAAAUAACAUCCUUGAAUACGCAACAUGUAGCACUGCAGUUGGCCAAUUCUCAGUUGGCAGCUGAAAAAGACAUGCUGGUGAAACAGUUGGAGGCAAAAAAACAGGCCUACGAAAUUCUCCAGCACGAUCAAGUGACGCUGCAGUGCUUACACGAGCAGCUUAGCAGUGAAUAUGAUUCGCUAAACAGUGAAAAAGAAAUUUUGAAAAAUACGAUCAGAGACCUCAAGAGCGACAAUCGUGACUUGAAAGAACAUGCAAUGGUUUUGGAUAAACAACUGGAAGACUACAAAAUCGAACUUGCAUCUAUGAAAGAUGGAAUUACCAAUCUUGCCAAUUUGAGAGCGGAACACUCAAAGCUUAAAGACGACUUUAGAAGUUUGUUCACUACCAGUGAACGUUUGAAACAGGAGUAUAAAAAUAGACAAGAACAGUACCGGGCAUGUCGGGGAGAAAACAGUCGACUCAAGUUGCAGAAUACGGAACUCAGUGGAGAGCUCAGCAAUAAACUGGAGCAAAUUACUAAUCUGGAAAUUGAGUACACGAAAAUGCAUCAAAGAUGCGAGAUGCUCUUUCAAAUGAACUCGAGCCUGGACAUCGAUAGAAGGACCCUGAUGGACCACGUGUCCCAGAUAUUGGCACAGUAUCACGAGCUGCUGGCUCACUCCCUGGAGGACAAGCAACAUUACCACGAUGAGGAGAAAAAUUUCACCGAUCGCGUGAACAAUUUGCACCGUCAAAAGGAGAAGCUCGAGGAAAAAAUCAUGGAACACUACCGAAAAUUGGACAGCUGCUCUCCAAAGAAGAAACCAUUUGCUCUUAACUUUGUCAAGAAGGUGCGCAAAGCUGGUUCAGAUCUAAUCAACCGGGUGCCCAACAGAAAUCGCCGAUCGUGGGUUGAUGAAUCUCGCCUUACACAGUCUCAGUUUACACUCGGAUCAGAAUCGGGAGGGAAUGAGUCAGACAACAGUAUAGAAGAACCAAACUCGGUGGCCUCGGAUACCAACUUGUUGCAGCGAAAUUCAGUUUUGCGACAGAGUUUACAACGAAAACCAAAUAACGAAGCACUCAACACCAGUCUGUUGCGUGGCGGUAUUCGAAGCAGUUUGCAAACAUCGCGAAGAGAUGAAACAACGCAAGCUCAUCGGAAUAGUUUCCCAGGCAGAUUUGAGACCGGGACAGAUUCUCUUAACCUUGGAACGGCUGGUACUCGGAGAACGGUAUAUUUGAUGGAUGAAAAGUCUUCCAAUCCCAACAAUUCGGGAUCAAGCACGCCGACCGGUGUUGGUGGAAUGCCCAGUUCGUCACCACCAGCUUCACUGACGACACCUCCGUUGAACUCUAGUUCAUCACAACCCAGCGCAGGCUCCGGUGUUCAGGGCACUGCAAGUCCUUCGAAUACUACCGCAAGCAGUACUUCCGCUGGAAACAAUGCCAGCAAUAAUGAGACAUUUCUUUUACUAAACCGUGUUUCUUCUACAACAACCACUCUCAAGACAACCGAGACCAGUUCGACGCCCCAGACUAUGGUUGUGAACACCAACCCCAAUGGCAGUCCGUCUACAACAGGGACAACGGUCGUUUUGGUGCCCGAAGAUGGUAACAAGAAAGAUACUCUUAACAAGAAAGCCAAAAAUGAGGCUAAAAACCGCGAAAGCGCAAUUUGGUACGAAUACGGAUGUGUUUGAGCCAGUCACGGCGUCUGAGCUUGGGAUAAUCAGGGUAAAAUAUCAGAUAAUCGGCUCAACAUUCAAGUGCAUUUAGCAAGAACUGCAUAGUUCGUGACAGAAAUUCAACAGUUAUUGUUCGCAUUUUUAUUUAACAGAUAUUUUUGAAUUGGUGCGAACUAUUUAGAGAGCGUUCCUUUUUGACUCUUGCUUUGAACCAGAAACAUAUUUAAAAAGUUAAACCAAGUUUUGAAUUUAUCUAUAAAAAGCACCUCCCUGACCAUAUUUAUAAAAAGUAAAACACCUCCAAUCAAAAAUCUCUACAACUACCAGUUUAACCAAAACAAAACAAAAAACAUGUAGACUAAAAUUAAAGCAAACAAAACUCCCAGUUCUGCCGAUAACCGUAUAAAUUAUUAAAUUUGGUGAAAAAUGGAGUGAAAUCUAUGUUCUCUAAGAUUUUGAAAUUCUUCGGUUGAAAACAUCUAAAAGAAAUACAAGAUCCUUCAAUUACAACGAAUUAAUGCAUCGAAUGUAGAUUAUUGACAGUUGGAAAUUUUCAACGAACUUUGAAUUAUAUGCACAUAUUUUCAUAUUUUCUAUACAGAACAAAAUCAGCAGAAUUCUGAUGAAAAACUACUGGGAUUAUCACUAUCUUUCAACCAGGCUUCUACAAAGUGUACCAGCUCCACUAUUUGGUUUUAUAAAACACGACUGAAAUCUUUGCAUUUUGAAAAACCCUAAUUCUUCAGACGCCUUCCGAAUAAAUUGCGACAUAAAAAUUCAUCUUCAUCCACUUAUCUAAACAUCCGUAGAAUCUUUGCAUAAAUAUUUAAUCUUUAUGUUGUAAAAUAUAUUUAGUAUUUGAAAGUAUUCACUAAACCUCCAUUAUUUUGUUUCCUUUUUGAAAGCUUGUAUGUAAUCAGAAAAUAGUGCAUUAUUGUGAUAAAAAAAUAAUAAAUAAGUUUUCAGCGCCUUUACAUAACAUAACCCAUGACACCACCCACAUGCUGGUAGUAUUAUGAAGACUUAUUUAAUAAAGAAUGGAAUCAUAA